GCUGUCAGGUCUGGCUCAAGGUUGUGGAACAGUUAAUGCACAAGGUAAAGAGGCUGAAAAUUGUAAACAAAACAGAAGACAGCCAGAAAAGCGUCCGWGAGACACUGGCAGACAUGACGGGAGUGGACGAGCUGACGGACAGCACGGAGGUGGUGGAGAUGGAGGACGUGAAUCCCACCCAGUUCCAGGUGGAGAAGCACUCAUGGGAUGGCCUGAGGAAGAUCAUCCACAACAGCCGCAAAAACACCGGCGUGGUCAUCAACAAGGCGCCGCAUGAUUUCCAGUUCAUCCAAAAAGAUGAGACCAGUUCGCACUCCCACCGCAUCUACUACCUCGGAAUGCCUUACGCCAGCAGGGAAAAUGCUUUACUCUACUCAGACAUCCCUAAAAAGAUUCGCAAAGACGCCUUGCUGGUUUUGUCGUGGAAACAGAUGCUGGAUCAUUUUCAGGCCAGCCCUCACCACGGGGGCUUCUCCCGGGAGGAGGAGCUGCUGCGGGAGAGGAAGCGUUUGGGAGUGUCUGGCAUCACCUCCUACGACUACCACCGACCCAGCGGGCUCUUCCUGUUCCAGGCCAGCAGCAGCUUGUACUACUGUCGGGAUGGUGGGAGCAACAGUUUCACUAGUUCUCCCGUGGUUCCCACAGAGAUCAAGAGCCAGAAUUCAGGCACUCGCAUGGACCCCAAAAUCUGUCCCGGAGACCCCAACUUCAUCGGCUUCAUCAACAAUAAUGACAUUUGGAUCACAAAUAUAGAAACGGGAGAAGAGAAGAGACUCACGUUUUGUCAUAAAGGCGUUGACAACCCUAAAGAUGAUCCUAAAUCUGCUGGUGUCGCCACUUUCGUUACUCAAGAAGAAUUUGAUCGCUUCACUGGAUACUGGUGGUCUCCAGUUGCUCAUGAAGGAACAGAUGGUGGGAAAACUCUGCAGAUUCUGUAUGAGGAGGUGGACGAGUCUGAGGUGGAGAUUAUCCACGUCCCAUCUCCGGCUCUGGAGGAGCGCAAGACAGACAUUUACAGAUACCCACGCGCAGGCAGCAGGAAUCCUGAUAUCACUCUCAAAUUAGCCGAAAUCAAGACCGACAGUCUUGGAAAUAUUGUCAGCACGCAGGAGAAGGAGCUGCCGGUUCCUUUUACUAGUUUGUUUCCCAACGUCGAGUACAUCACCAGAGCUGGGUGGACGAGAGACGGUCGAUAUGCGUGGGCGGUCAUGAUGGAUCGACGGCAGCAGCACCUCCGGUUAGUCCUGCUGCCUCCGGCGCUCUUCGUCCCCGCACAUCAGGACAAAGCCAGGCAGGAGAGCCUGGAGGCCCUCGGAGACGCCGUCCAUCCCUUCAUCAUCUACCAAGAGACCAGCGAUAUCUGGAUCAAUGUCCAUGACAUCUUUCAUCCUUUCCUCCAAACGUCUGAUGACGAGUUCACCUUCAUCACAGUAAAUGAGUCAAAAACGGGCUUCUGCCACUUGUAUAAGAUCACCUCAGUGUUACAGCAGAGGAGCUAUCACUGGGCCAAAGGCUACACACACUCUGAAGAUGAUUUUAAAUGUCCGGUUAAAGAAGAARUGACGGUGACCAGUGGGGAGUGGGAGGUGCUGGCCAAUCAUGGAGCCAAGCGUUCGUGUAGUCCUCAGAUUUGGGUGGACGAGGCAGCAAAGCUGGUUUACUUCCAGGGAACCAAAGACUCUCCUCUGGAGCACCACCUGUACGUGGUGAGCUACGAGUCGCCCGGCGAAAUUGUCCGACUCACCAAACCUGGCUUCUCCCACAGCUGCUCUGUGAGCCAGACCUUUGACGUGUUCAUCAGCCACUACAGCAGCCUGACCACCGCUCCCUGCGUUCACAUCUACAAGCUGACGGGCUCAGAAAGCGACCCGCUGCACAAAGAGCCUCAGUUUUGGGCGAGCAUGAUGGAAGCUUCUGGUUACCAGUUUGAUGCCUCCCCUGCAGAAAUCUUUAGUUUUACAGGGAAGUCGGGCUUUGAGCUGUAUGGCAUGUUGUACAAACCAAACCACCUGGUUCCUGGCAAGAAGCAUCCCACUGUUGUGUUCGUCUAUGGUGGUCCUCAGGUGCAGCUAGUCAACAACUCUUAUAAAGGAGUGAAGUAUCUGAGGUUGAGCACUCUGGCGUCUCUGGGCUACGUUGUGCUGGUCAUUGAUGGGCGGGGCUCGUGCCAGCGAGGACUCAAGUUUGAAGGAGCUGUAAAGGACAAGAUGGGUCAAGUGGAGAUUGAAGACCAGGUGGAGGGUUUGCACUACAUAGCUGACAAGUAUAAGUUUGUCGACCUGAGUCGUGUUGCCAUCCACGGCUGGUCGUAUGGAGGCUUCCUCUCCCUCAUGGGUCUGAUCCACAGACCUGACAUUUUUAAGGUUGCAGUUGCAGGAGCUCCGGUGACCUUAUGGAUGGCGUACGACACCGGCUACACAGAGCGAUAUUUGGACACGCCUGACAAAAACCAAAAGGGAUACGAGGCCUGUUCUGUUGCCCUGCAUGUCCACAAACUUCCCAAUGAGCCGAACCGAUUGUUGAUCCUGCAUGGAUUUCUAGAUGAGAAUGUUCACUUUUUCCACACAAACUUCCUGGUGUCUCAGCUCAUCCGGGCAGGAAAGCCCUACAGUCUGCAGAUUUAUCCCAAYGAACGGCACAGCAUCAGGUGUCCGGAGUCCGGAGAGCAUUAUGAGAUUUCGCUGCUGCACUUCCUCCAGCAGAACCUCUGAUAAGCCUUUUUCACACACCAACCUCCCUCUCCUGCCUUCUUACCCCUCCUGUUUUUCCUUUCAGCUCCACCUAUUUAAACCUAAAUUACCUCUGACUUGAUUUUAUGAUCAUUUGAAUGCAAACUACACAGAACCAUGUUACACCUCAAGAGAUCAUCACCAGUCUUAAAGUCGCUGCAGCGUUUCAGCAUUAAGAGAAAGGUGCAAGAAUCAGAUGUUGCUAAAAGCUGUAUAAUUAUGAGUAUCAGUACACGGGCCUUUGGUGGCCUUUUAAGCUGCUUUUGAAUGUUUAGGGGUUGUUUUAAGGCUCAAAACCUACAGAGGGCGCUGUUCACUCAGAACAAACAGGGACGAAGCUUUCAGAUGCGUUAAAAAUGGAACAAAUGACAGAAAAGAUUAUUAAUGUUUAAAAUGCUGUUUGCCGCACUUUAAACAGACACGACGCAAAAACAGACAAACAUGGACCUUCUUCUGACGUUUUAAAAAGAUUUCUCUUUGUUUUUUGUUUCUGUGCUUUUUUUUUAGCAACUUUUAGUUUUUUCCAUCUGUGACUUAAAGAAAGAUGUUCUCUCUGUGAAGGCAACCAAUGUAAAGCUCUUUAAGAGCUUACAACCAACUCUUUGAUGUGUUUCAUUUUGAGCUUUCCUGUACUGUCAUGGAUUAUUUUUAUUCUGUUGUUACAGAAAAAAACACAAAGUGAAAUUCGACACUUUUAUUGGGUAGUAAUAUAAACAAAUUUUAUAAAUUCUUAAGCAUUCAUGAACUCGUGGGCACAUGUAGCGACAUCUUGCUGCUGUUCUCAGUCGUUUUGCUUUAACUCUGUGGGGAACUUCACUUUCUUCUGCUGCUGAGGACUUUUGCACAGUACGUAUUUGCCUUGGUGCCAAGAAACUGACGUAUAAGAAGAAGAUAUUCGAGGGAGCUCGGGUGCCUUGUAUUAGUUAGGAGCGCCUGCUCUCUGUAAACAUAUUUCAGGGAAUUUGACACGAGGCUCGCAGCGACACGCGGGUCUCACGCCGCCUUGUUACCGUCUGAUGAAACUGUAAGUCGAGCGAAACGUGAUGCGUCUGUGGUGAAGUGUACUCUCAAAUUUUGAAGAAAUAAAUGUAAGUGAACAAUCGUUUUCAA